UCUCUCUCUCUCUCUCUCUCUCUCUUUCUCUGCAACUUAAAAAUUAAAAACAAAAAAGAAGUAAUAAAUUUUUGCAACAAACCCUUCAAGACAAAAUUAGCUUUUUGUUUUGGUUUCUUUUUAUUUUUAUUUUUAUUCUUUUGUAAUUUGUAUUCCUCGUAAAACCCAUGAGUGAGUGACCCCUUUGGUUCCUCCUCUUCUUUGCUUUAAUCCUCCAAGAAGAAGAAGAAGAAAUAAAAUAAAAUAAAAAUGCCUUCUUUUGCUUUUGGAUCUCAUCACCAUCUGUCGAAUCCUAGAGACUCGCCCUACUCCGUCGAAAUUAGCGCCGACGGUGGCUCCACCGACUUGGAUUCUUUGUCUGAGGUCGAUUUAGAGAGCGGCUGUGUUCCGGCGCCGGAUAAAAAGCUGCAUUCUGGUGGUAAGAAGAAGAGGACAAGGAGGAGGAAGAGGAAAAAGAAGAAGAAGAAGAAGAAAAGUGGUAGAGAUUGCAGGAUCUGUCAUCUUCCUUUAGAGAUUAACCAAGAAGCAGCUGACGAAGCUGAAGAAGAUGAAGAUGGUGGUGAUGGUGAUGAUACUGAUUCUGAUGAAGAAGAAGAAGACGAAGAAGAAGAGUAUUAUGGUUUGCCUUUGCAAUUAGGUUGCUCUUGUAAAGGUGAUUUGGGUGUAGCUCAUAGUAAGUGUGCUGAGACUUGGUUCAAGAUCAAAGGAAACAUGACAUGUGAGAUAUGCGGGGCAAUGGCUCUAAACGUGGCUGGCGAACAGUCGAACCCAGAGAGUACUGCCUCUGCCCAUUCACAAGCAGCUGCAGGACAACCCCAGACUCAGACAGAGCCACGGGGAAUCUGGCAUGGUCGUCCUGUUAUGAACUUCUUACUUGCCGCUAUGGUCUUUGCCUUCAUUGUUUCUUGGCUGUUUCACUUCAAAGUCCUCAAGUGAAACGUUUUCCAUCUCUCUCUUUUCGCCCACCUGCACGCGCUCACUCUUCUCCUGUUCUUGAGUUGCUUGUUGCAGUCGCUGGAUCAAUCCCUCCUGUUGCUUGAUUGUUCACACGUUUUGUAGCUGUAAAAACUUGGUAGUGUUUAGAUUGUUUGUGACUUGUGAGAUUUACAUCUUGUAUUAUACUGCUCUACUCCGGCUUGGUGAAACCUCUGUGUAAUCAAGAGGGUCUUAGCUCUAUUGGUUUCAGGAACAAACACCUUUGCCUUUGAAGACUGGUAAAAGAUAAAUACUGGACAACAGUUGUGUUUAA